GGUUAGGCCAAUAUAGGCCCCUGAUUUUGAGUAACGUAGUCAAACAAACUUGUUUCAACUCUUCACACUCUUCUGUCUUGUCUCUCAUCAGCUUCUCCAAAACUCAAAUGCUUUUCCAUCUUAUAUCUUUGACUCGGGUGUGUUCUUAGGAGGAUAACAGUGCUAUGCUAUGGAUUGGACUCCUAUGAUUUGUGCUGUGGAUUGCUUUAGAUACCAAUCUUGGUGAAGUAUCUUCAGAAUUUUUUUGUGUUUGGGAUCUUUGUGAAGAUGGUUUUGAGUAGCAGAAUUUUCAGUACUCCUAUUAUUGUUAGUUUUUUUCUUCUGAUUAAUUGUGACAUGAUCUUUGGGACUGAGAGUGACAUCUUCUGCUUAAAAAGUGUAAAAUCUUCACUUAAUGAUCCAUACAAUUAUUUACAAUCUUGGAAUUUCAACAACAAAACUGAAGGGUUUAUUUGCAAGUUCAGUGGUGUUGAAUGUUGGCAUCCUGAAGAGAAUAGAGUCUUGAAUCUCAAACUUUCCAAUAUGGGACUUAAGGGUCAGUUUCCUCGUGGAAUUCAAAAUUGCUCGAGUUUAACAGGACUAGAUUUGUCGUCGAACAGCUUCUCAGAAAGCAUUCCAGAAGAUAUAUCUACCCUUGUUUUCUUUAUGACAUCUCUUGAUCUAUCUUCAAAUGAUUUUACUGGGGCUAUCCCUGUGUCCCUUUCUAACUGUACUUAUCUUAAUAUUCUUAAACUAGACCAAAACCAACUCACCGGUCAAAUUCCUCCGCAAUUGGCUACGCUCACGAGGCUUAAGUCGUUUAGUGUUUCCAAUAAUCUUUUGUCAGGGCAAGUUCCAAAUUUUAGGAUCGGUCUAAUUGCACAAGAUAGUUAUGCAAAUAAUUCGGGUCUGUGUGGUGGUCCGUUGGCGCCUUGUGGGGGCAAGUCGUCAAAGACUAACACUGCGGUUAUAGCUGGAGCAGCUGUUGGUGGUGUGACUCUUGCAGCACUAGGGUUGGCCGUUGGAUCGCUCUUCUACGUGCGUCGUGUUUCUCGCAAGAAAAAGGAAGAAGACCCUGAAGGAAACAAGUGGGCAAGAAUUCUUAAGGGAACCAAAAAAACUAAGGUUUCUAUGUUUGAGAAGCCAAUUUCAACAAUGAAGUUGAGUGAUCUCAUGAAGGCUACUAAUAACUUCAGCAAAAUCAAUGUUAUCGGGUCUGGAAGAUCAGGAACUGUUUACAAAGCUGUCCUUGAUGACGGCACAUCACUCAUGGUUAAGAGAUUGUUGGAAUCUCAACACUCGGAGCAAGAAUUCACGGCCGAGAUGGCUACACUAGGAACCGUGAGACAUCGUAACUUGGUUCCUCUUUUAGGUUUUUGCCUCGCCAAAAAGGAGAGGCUUUUGGUCUAUAAAAACAUGCCAAAUGGUACUCUACACGACCAACUACAUCCACCGGCUGGCGAGUGCACUAUGGAGUGGGCUCUAAGGCUCAAAAUUGCAAUCGGAGCAGCCAAAGGAUUAGCAUGGCUUCAUCACAACUGCAAUCCUCGCAUUAUCCACCGAAACAUAAGCUCAAAGUGCAUCUUAUUGGACGUUGAUUUUGAGCCCAAAAUAUCCGAUUUCGGCCUUGCUAGAUUAAUGAACCCACUCGAUACUCAUUUGAGUACUUUUGUAAAUGGUGAGUUCGGCGAUUUAGGUUAUGUUGCUCCCGAGUAUACAAGAACUUUGGUGGCUACACCGAAAGGCGAUGUUUAUAGCUUCGGAACCGUGCUUCUUGAGUUGGUAACAGGCGAAAAACCGACUCAUGUGACUAAAGCACCAGAAACUUUUAAAGGAAAUUUGGCAGAAUGGAUUAUACAGCUCUCAAUGAAAUCUAGUCUAAAAGAUGCAAUUGAUGAAUCACUAGUUGGAAAAGGUGUUGAUCAUGAGCUUUUCCAGUUUCUAAAAGUUGCAUGCAACUGUGUUACAUCAAUUCCAAAAGAGAGACCAACUAUGUUUGAAGUAUACCAAUUUCUAAGAGACAUUGGGAGUAGAUAUAAUUUCACAACUGAGGAUGAGAUGAUGGUAAAUACAGAUACUGGUCAUGGUGUUAAGUUAGAAGAACUAAUAGUAGCUCCAGAGCAAUAUGAUUGAAAAGGUAUUUGAGAUAUAUAAAUAGUGUAUGCAAUCAAAUUUUAAUUUGUAAAGUAUUUAAUAUUUAUUUCUGUGGUUCUGAAAUAAAUUUUAAGGUUAACUUGUUAUGAUAUAUAAAUGUUAUGGUCUAAUUGCUGUUGUGUGCUAGCAAUAUUGAAACAUCACAAAUCAUUGAUGCCCAAUUUAUAUAUAGGUGACUUUGUUAUAAUCCUUA